CUCGUGGAAGCAGUGUUUUACAAUUGUUACUACAGUUUAUUUUUACAAAAAUAGUAACCGCCAUACAGAAUGUAUAGAAAGAUAUUCCUAACACUUCUUGAAAUAAACGUAAUUACAACUUUAACCUUGGGGACCUCUGCCCGUAGCAUAAUACAUUUGUACACAGCAGCGCAAUAUGUUUCAAAUAACCAAUUACAAAGAGACAAAGUAACAGCUUUAAUUGACGAAUUUAGCGAUUAUUUACAAAAUAUUUCUGGAACAUGCAUGGACAUAGGUUGUGGACCUGGAGAUAUAACAAAUGACAUUAUUUUACCGAUUGUUGGGCGGGAUGCAAUAGUAAUUGGUACAGAUAUUUCUAAAAACAUGAUUGAAUAUGCUAGAAGAACAUACACUAUAAAGGAACGACUCGAAUUUGAAGUAUUAGAUAUACAAACUAAAGCGCUGCCUACAAAAUAUGUUUCCAAAUUUGAUUUCAUAUUUUCAUUCCAUACUUUGCAUUGGUGCAUUGAUAUUAGACAAGCAUUUGAAAAUAUUUAUCGCAUGCUUCGACCUAACGGAAAUAUGCUUAUACUUUUUGUAUCAUCUCAUGAGAUAUUUGAUAUACUUGAAAACUUGGCAGAAGAUGUCCGUUUUGCACCAUACAUAAACGAUGUGAGCAAGUACACUUUUCCGUUUCAAAAGUCAAUCAAUCCUCGUAAGGAACUAAAAGGAUUACUUCAAGAACUCGGAUUCACAGUUAAUCAUUGCAGUCAUCGAGAUACGUACUAUACCGAUGAAACUCCGAAACGAUUUUUAUCUUCUAUUUUGGCUUUUCUUGAUUUCAUUGAUGACAUGCCAUGUAACCUGCAAGAGGAAUUCAAAAACGAAUUUGAACGUAUACACACGGAGACACAAAUAAACUAUAAACGAAAGAAAGAUAAUAAAACAGUUACAUUAAUUAUGUACAAAGUAUUAAUAAGCUUCGCUAAAAAAUAUGUGCCAUAAUUUUUACAUAUUUUAUACCUUUUAUUAUACGUUAUAUAUUUAAUUAAACGACAAUAUU